GUCGGGAGCCCGGCGGCGGUGGCCGUGGUGCCGUCCGGAGGCGAUGGAGGAUCCUGUUCAAGAUGGGGUGGCCUCCGCAGCCACCCCUGGGACCGGGAAGUCUAAGCUGGAAACAUUGCCCAAGGAAGAUCUCAUCAAGUUUGCCAAGAAGCAAAUGAUGCUGUUACAGAAAGCUAAGUCAAGGUGUACAGAAUUGGAAAAAGAAGUUGAAGAAUUCAAAUCAAAACCUGUUGAUGGAGGAACUGAUGAUAUUAUUAAGGCAUUGACUGAACGUCUGGAUGCUAUUCUUCUGGAUAAAGCAGAGACUGAACAACAGUGUCUUUCUCUGAAGAAAGAAAAUACUAAAAUGAAACAAGAGGUUGAGAAUUCUGUAACUAAGAUGGAAGAUUUGCACAAGGAAGUGGAACAAUCACAUAGAAACUAUGUGAAAGAAAUUGAAGAUUUGAAAAAUGAAUUGAUGGUAGUGCAUUCCAAACACAGUGAAGAUAAAGCUGGCUUACAAGAGAAACUGGAAGAAGCAAUGAAUAAACAAUUAGAGCUCUCAGAACAGCUCAAAUUUCACAGUGAAUCUGAAGAUACUGUUAAAAAAUUACAAGAAGAAAUUCCAAAAAUUAGGUCAGCCUUUGAGGAGCAAAUUUCAUAUCUGCAAAAGCAGUUAGAAGCUACCACUGAUGAAAAAAACCAAGAGAUUACUCAUCUGCAAAAAGUCAUUGAGGAAAAUUCUCAGCAUUACCAAAAAGAUAUUAAUAGUUUACAAGAAGAACUUUCGCUUUUGAAAGCUACCCACAAAGAAGAAGUAAGGAAAUUGAUGUGCCAAAUUGAAACAUCAACUAAAGAACAUGAAACAGAAAUAAACAAGUUAAACAAGCUAAAUGAAAACUUAGUAAAACAAUGGGAGGCAACUGAAAAGAGUAGUCAAGAGAAAUGUGAAUUGGAAAACUUAAAUGUUAACCAAGACAAUCAAAUGUGUUCUAUGCUUUUACAAGAAGAUACUUUAGUAGAACAAGUAGUAAAUGAAAAAGUAAAACAAUUAGAAGAUUCCUUAAAAGAACUUGAAUCUCAACAUAGUAUCUUAAAAGAUGAGGUAACUUAUAUGAAUAAUCUUAAAUUAAAACUUGAAAUGGAUGCCCAACAUAUAAGGGAUGAGUUUUUUCAUGAACGAGAAGACUUAGAGUUUAAAAUUAAUGAACUACUAUUAGCUAAAGAAGAACAGGGGUGUGUAAUAGAAAAAUUAAAAUAUGAGCUAGAAGAUUUAAAUAAACAGUUUUGCUUUACUAAAGAACAACAUAACAAAGAAGUACACAGUCUUAAGGAACAACAUCAAAAAGAAAUGUUAGAACUAAAUGAGACGUUUUUGUCAGGUUCGGAAAAAGAAAAAUUAGCAUUAAUGUUUGAAAUACAGGGUCUUAGGGAACAGUGUGAAAACCUACAACAAGAAAAGCAAGAAGCAAUCUUAAAUUAUGAGAGUUUGCGAGAGAUUAUGGAAAUUUUACAAACAGAACUGGGGGAGUCUGCUGGGAAAAUAAGUCAAGAGUUUGAGUCAAUGAAACAACAGCAAGCAUCUGAUGUUCAUGAACUUCAGCAGAAGCUUAGAACCGCAUUUAAUGAAAAAGAUGCUCUUCUUGAAACUGUGAAUCGAAUCCAGAGAGAAAAUGAAAAGUUAUUAUCUCAACAAGAAUUAGUACCAGAACUUGAAAAUACCAUAAAAAGCCUUCAGGAAAAGAAUGAGUUGUACUUAGUUAGUCUCAGUGAAAGAGAUACGAUGUUACAAGAAUUAGAAACAAAGAUAAGUUCUCUUACUGAGGAAAAAGAUGAUUUUAUAAGUAAAAUUAAAAAAUCCUAUGAAGAAGUAGAUAGUCUCCAUAAAAAAUGUAAAAGAGAAGAGAGCUUAGCCAUAGAACUAAAGGAAAGAGUUGAGCAAACUGCCCAGUACAACAGUGAACUAGAACAAAGGGUAAAUGAGUUAACAGGAAGACUAGAUGAGACUUUAAAAGAAAAGGAUCAAAAUGACCAAAAAAUAGAAAAACUUAUGGUUCAAAUGAAAACCCUCUCUGAAGACCGGGCAAUGUUUUCAUCUGAAGUAAAGGCUCUUCAUGAGGAAAAUAAUAGACUAAACUCUGAAAACAGCCAGUUGAGUAAGGAUUUGGAAGCUCUUCAUUCUCAAAAAGAAGAUUUUAUCUUAAAAGAACAUAUUACUGAAUUAGAAAAGAAACUUCAGGUCAUGGUUGUAGAGCGAGAAAAUUUAAAUAAACUGUUUGAAAAUGAACAAGUCCAGAAGUCAUUUGUCAAAACCCAGUUGUAUAGUUUUCUGAAACAAUUAGGGUCAAAGGUUUUAGAAGAAAAUGAAGAAGAUGAUGUUGGGAAUAUCCUACAAGCUAUAGGUGAAUCCUUAACAAAAAUAAAUGAAGAAAAACACAACUUGAUUUUUCAAUGUGAUGAAAGGGUUUUAGAGUUAGAAAAAGAGAUUAAGUGCCUUCAAGAAGAGAAUGUUGUUCAGUGUGAAGAACUUAGGUCUUUACUAAGAGACUAUGAACAAGAAAAAGUUCUUUUAAGAAAAGAGUUAGAAGAAAUCUUGUCAGAAAAAGAGGCACUGCAACUUGAUCUUCUAGAAAUGAAGAAUGCUAAUGAAAAAACAAGACUUGAAAAUCAGAAUCUUUUAAUUCAGGUUGAAGAAGUAUCUCAAAAAUUACAUAGCAAAAAUGAAACCCAUUAUGAAAAAUCUUGUAUAACGGAACAUGAAAACCUAACGGCAUUACUAGAACAAAAAGAAACUGAAUUGCAAGAUGUGAGAGCAGAGUUGACAUUAUUAAAGAAUUCCAUAGAGAAAUCAUCUUCUAUAAAUAAUGAUCAACUCUCUUCAGUAAAAGAGCUGGAAGAAAAAAUAGGAAAUCUGGAAAAAGAAUCCAAAGAGAAGGAGGAAAAAAUAAGUAAGAUAAAAUUAGUUGCUGUGAAAGCAAAGAAAGAACUCGAUUCCAGCAGAAAAGAGACCCAGACUUUGAGGGAAGAACUCGAAUCUGUUCGUUCAGAAAAGGAUCAGUUGUCUACUUCCAUGAGAGAUCUCAUUCAAGGAGCAGAAAGCUAUAAGAAUCUUUUAUUAGAAUAUGAUAAGCAAUCAGAGCAGUUGGAUGUGGAAAAAGAACGUGCUAGUAAUUUUGAACAUCAAGUAGAAGAUCUUACUAAACAAUUAAGAAAUUCAACUUUUCAGUGUGAAAAACUAAAUUCUGAUAAUGAAGAUUUCCUGGCUCGUAUUGAAACACUACAGUCUAAUGCCAAGUUAUUAGAAUUACAGAUUUUAGAAGUCCAAAAAGCCAAAGCAAUGGUGGACAAAGAAUUGGAAACGGAAAAACUUCAGAAGGAACAGAAGAUAAAGGAACAUUCCAGUACUAUAAAAGAACUCGAAGAACUUCAGGUACAACUUCAAAAGGAAAAGAAACAGCUUCAGAAAACUAUGCAAGAACUAGAGCUGGUUAAAAAGGAUGCCCAACAAACUACAUUGAUGAAUAUGGAAAUAGCCGAUUAUGAACGUUUGAUGAAAGAACUAAAUCAAAAGUUAAAUAAUAAAAACAGCAAGAUAGAGGAUUUGGAGCAAGAAAUAAAAAUUCAAAAACAGAAACAAGAAAACCUACAAGAAGAAAUGACUUCACUACAGUCUUCAGUGCAACAGUAUGAAGAAAAAAACACCAAAAUAAAGCAGUUACUUGUGAAAACAAAAAAGGAACUAGCAGAUUCAAAGCAGGCAGAAACUGAUCAUUUAAUACUUCAAGCAUCAUUAAAGGGUGAGCUGGAAGCCAGUCAACAGCAAGUGGAAGUCUAUAAAAUUCAACUCGCUGAAGUAACAUCUGAGAAACACAAACUUCACGAGCACCUGAAGACCUCUGCAGAGCAGCACCAACGCACAAUGAGUGCAUACCAGCAGAGAGUGGCUGCACUUCAGGAAGAGAGCCGUGCUGCAAAGGCAGAACAAGCUGCUGUAACUUCUGAAUUUGAGAGCUACAAAGUCAGAGUUCACAACGUUUUAAAGCAACAGAAAAACAAAUCUGUGUCUCAGGCUGAAAGUGAAGGAGCUAAACAAGAAAGGGAACACAUGGAAAUGUUAAUUGAUCAACUGAAAAUCAAAUUACAAGAAAGCCAAAGUAACUUACAGAUUAAUGUAGCUGAACUUCAGACAUUGCAAUCUGAGCAUGAUACUCUUCUGGAGAGGCACAACAGGAUGCUUCAAGAAACAGUAUCCAAAGAGGCGGAACUUCGAGAAAAGUUAUGUUCAGUACAAUCUGAGAACCUGAUGCUGAAGUCUGAACAUGCUCAGACAGUAAGUCAGCUAACAUCCCAGAACGAGGUCCUCCGCAACAGCUUCAGAGAUCAAGUGCGACAUUUGCAAGAAGAGCACAGAAGGACAAUGGAGACUUUACAGCAGCAGCUCUCUAAGGUGGAAGCUCAACUCUUCCAGCUCAAGAGUGAACCAACCACAAGAAGCCCAGCUUCUUCCCACCAACCUUUGAAGAACCUUCGAGAAAGGAGAAACACAGACUUACCCCUUCUAGAUAUGCACACUGUAACCCGAGAAGAGGGAGAAGGAAUGGAAACAACUGAUACCGAGUCUGCAUCUUCUGCCAGCACAUACACACAAUCUUUAGAGCAGCUUCUUAAUUCUCCUGAAACUAAACUUGAACAACAUCUUGCAGAACCUCCUGUAUGGCAUGCUGAAUUUACCAAAGAAGAAUUGGUUCAGAAGCUCAGCUCUACCACAAAAAGCGCAGAUCACUUAAAUGGCCUGCUUCGGGAAACAGAAGCAACCAAUGCCAUUCUUAUGGAGCAAAUCAAGCUCCUCAAAAGUGAAAUAAGAAGAUUGGAAAGAAAUCAAGAGAGAGAGAAGUCUGUUGCUAACCUGGAGUACUUGAAGAAUGUCUUGUUGCAGUUCAUUUUCCUGAAACCAGGUAGUGAAAGAGAGAGGCUUCUUCCUGUUAUAGAUACAAUGUUGCAACUCAGCCCAGAAGAAAAGGGAAAACUUGCUACAAUUGCUCAAGGUGAGGAAGAAAGUGCUUCCCGUUCUUCUGGAUGGGCAUCCUAUCUGCAUAGUUGGUCUGGACUUCGAUAGGUUGAUGGAAAGAAAAUUCUUUAUUAACCAAAUAGAAUCCAUUUUGGGAAAAAAAAAAUGGUCAUUUAUAUUACUGUUAUUUUUCUGUUAAAAAGUAUGUAUAUAUAUGUAUGCAUCCUCCUAUAUCUGUACAUAAAUAUAACAGAUGUAUAUAAAGAGUCUCAGCUUGGAGUAAAAGUAGAACUUGAAGUAUUGACACCAGUCCACAGCCUUGUAGCUCAACACCACAGACAGUGCAGUUUCUGUGAUCUGCCUUGCAUGACACCGGAAUGAAAACAAAGGAUGAAGUCACUCCCCUCUCUGUGAAUUUUGAAGUUAAACUAAAUUUUGGUACCAUACCAACUGGAAUAUAAGCUCUUAAAAUAAUGUUUCAAGACUGUUUUUUGCAAGAUCAGACUUGCAGAUAAGUUGUUAUUAAUAAGUUGCUGAGAAAAUUUGGCGAUUAGAAUAUGAAGGAAAAUGCUUUAUUGUUGAUUUUUGUUUGUUAAAGGAUUGUGAAGUAAAUACUCUUCAGUUAAUUAUGAGGUUAAGUUAAAUUGCAAUGUAGUUGUUUGCUUAAAGACUAACUGUUCUUUUUUUUUUUUUUCUCCAAAGUAUAUUAUCUCAACACUUGUUAUGUUGUCGAAAGUGCUGGUUUACUGGCUGAUGUAACACUGACUAUGAAUACAUGGGACCACCACUUUAACAGAGGUUGAUUUGGUGAUAUGUCUCUAGGUUCUUGUUAUGGUACCACUACUUGCAAGUCAUGAGUCUGUUUUGAGAAUUCUGUCCAUCUCCCCAAAUAAGAAUUUCUCAGAAUAACAACUGCAUUACUUAGAAUCGAAUCUAAACCUGAAACUGGUGCUUCUAGUGUUUGAGUGUUGUGCCCUCAGCAUUCCAUCCCAUGGGAUUUUAGAAAGACGACUUGUAGAUCAGUGCUGUGUCUUCACAGUUCUGGUGAAUAACCCUCGAUGUUGGUGUUACUUACCUUUGAUGCCUCUGAAUAUAUUUUAUUGACUAGAUCAAAAUUGUGUUCUUAAAUCAAAAUUUGAGAAUUCUAUUUUUAAUAUUUAUUUGUUAAUAAAUCACUACACAGUAUGCUCUCUCAAGUUCUUAAGUCUUGCAAUUUAUAUUCUUAAUGUUCAGGCUCAGCUAAAGAACUGACUUUGUACUUCAAUUACUGGGAACAUUGGUUUCCAACUUAGAUUAACUGAAAUUUGCUGCUGACAUGUUGAGUUUGUUCUUUAAAAAAUAUUUCUUAUUUCUGUCUUUUCUCCCAUCUUAGAAGAACAGACCUAACUAGUGAAUGUAUUAAAGAAAAUUCAUCUAUUUAAGAGUUGACUUUAAAAGUUUAGUUUUUUUUACUUUAUAAAACUGUGAAUAUGAGUAUGCCAGCAGCACACAAUGUAAACUGUAUUACUUAAAUAAAUUUCACUUUCUCUUUGAGCCUAGGCCUUUUGAAAUCUAUCUAAACUUGUCUUGAAAUAUAGUCUAUGCUUAUGAUUAUAACAGAAACAUCUUUUUGCAUGAUAAAAAUUACUUUGAUUACAAAAGGCAUAUUCUUUGGCUUCAGCAAUGAGGAAAUGUAAUGAUUAUUUUAAUAUCUAUUAAAUAUUUAACUAUAUUAUA